CGGCCACGCCCCCCGCGUUGCAGUGACGGCCACGCCCCCGGCGUCACUGCCGCGGCCCCGACCCUCCCGUCACGGCCGCGGCCCGCCCCCCCCGCGUCACCGCCUCGCCACGCUCCCGCGCGUCAUAGGGUCGGCCCGCCCCUCCAUGUCAUCGGGUCACCCUGUCGGCCCGACCACUUUAAUCGGGGCCGCAAAAACUGUCCCCUAUCACACGGCAGAAUGGCCGCCGACAUACUGUCCGGCAACACGUGACUAUGUAGUCGCAGGCACACUUGUCCAGCACCACGCGGCCGCGUUGGAGAUGCCAUAUUUACCUAAAAACACGUGGCGGGCAAGGGCGCGGCCAUAUUAAACCGAAAGCACGUGGCGGUCACGGGCGUCGCCAUGUUGUACGGAAGAGGGUGGCAAGCACGGGCGCCGCCAUGUUGUACGGAAGAGGGUGGCAAGUACGGGCGCCGCCAUGUUGUACGGAAGAGGGUGGCAAGCACGGGCGCCGCCAUUUUGAACCGAAAGCAGCACCCCGAUGCAUCCAAGCGCCGGGAAUGGAGGCGGAAUACCGUGCCAAGAGCGCGGGGUCGGUCGGCGUCCACCGCUGCCAGCGUCGGGUAAGGUUCAGGCAGGAGAUAAGAAGGAUGCCUUUGUGAGGGGCGAGGGCCCGAAGGGAACCACAAGAAACACGGCAGCCGACCGGACGUGUCUUCGGCCACAACAAAGAUGGCGACCGACCGGAAGUGGCUGCGGCCACAACAAAGAUGGCCGCAAGAAAGGGCGGGAAAUGAAGGACCAAGGUCCGUGUUUGGGCUGCCUGCCCGCGCCCCGAGCCGUUCUCCGCGGCAUUGCCAGGCGUGCGGACACGGGCCGUGCGCCCAGCGGCACCGCGGGCACGCCGGAGCCCGGCGGGCGCCGGCAGGCAGCUGCGGCACGCCUCUCUCUGCCGGGCUCCGCCUCAGGAACGACCCUUCCCGUCUCCAGUCUGUGUUCCCUCCCGGCUCCCCUCCCGCCCGGGGAAACGGAGGAAAACACAAAUAACAUCGAGGAAGAAAGAACAGCCUGCAGAGCUGCCCGAGCCAUCGCCCUGCCCGCAGCCGGGAGCAGCCAGCAGGAGGAGGCAGCUGCUUUCUCAGCCAGAAAGAGAUUCAGCUGUGGGGAAGCUGCAGAGAAGGCUGCCUGGCACAGCCCCCCAGAAUGGGCCUCCCCCGACUGGGCUCCCGCAGAGGAUGGGGCAGUUGCAGCCCCCUGUCAUUCCUGUGAGAUUUGGGACUGUCUCCAUGCAGGAAGCAGCACAGGGGACUGGCCGAAGGGCUCGGGCUGGGACACGGCCCCAACAGGAGCAGCCCUGGCACACUGACACGGGAGGAUGAGCCCAGAGGAGAUGCUGCUGCACCACGUCCCCAGGAGAGCCCCUGCCUCCUUCUGCUCUCAGGGAUGGGACUGGGAGACGCCUCCACGCCGAGAGUGGCACUUGGCAUGGCUUCAGUCCCCAGUGGAAGAGGCUGGGCUCCCCGCUGCCCAGAGCUCCUGGUUAGGGACACCCACGCCUGCGCCUGGCUCAGAGUCCAGGGUGCACUCAGUCCGGAUCCAGCCUCGAGACGUUCCUGCUGCAGCUGCAGGUGAGCUCAGCUCUCCCUCAGGGACACCUGUGCCUGUAACAGCUCCAGCCCAUGGAGCCCCUGCACGAGAGCUGUUCCUGGUUCUCACAGCUCCUGCUCCUGCACCCCUUGCUCACUUACUGCUCAGGAUAUCUGAGGGCCCAGGUGAUUUCUGUUCCUUCUGCUUGUUUCACUUGCAGGUGUUUCCCAGUCCAGCUUGCUGAACCUCCAGCUCUGACUGUUCUUCCUUCCAGCUCUGGCUCUGAGAUGCUGCACUUGAUGGCUGCUCCAGUUCCUUCCAGCUCUGGGUUGGUUUUUUCAAGCGCCACUACAAGGAGAUGCUGGAGGGCACCAAGACCCCCGGGGUGCCCCAGGACUGAGUGAGAGGAGCCCAAAAAUUUUGGGCACCCCAUCCCCCCAAAAUAUUAAAUUCACAUGGAAGCUUCCCCUGUAUUUGUGUGGAGUUUUUUGAAAUUAUUUUGGAAUUUUUUAGGGGGGGUUUUGGGAAACUGGGGAGGAGGAAACACUAAAAAAUAAAAAAAUAAAUUUAAAAAGGAUU